CUAGAAUCAGAGGGAGACACAACUACUGGCUCAAGUUCACACCCUGUUAGAAAGCAUAUAGCAAUUAAAUUGAAGCCAUCAAAAGGAAGAACUAGACCAAGAAAGGUUGUGAAACCCAAAGUCAGAACAAUGGAGCACACUUUUGAUGAAGAUUAUAUUACUGAUGCACCUCUGUUCAAGACCAUGGAGCCCUUGGAACCAAUACAUCAUGACCAGAGGCUUCGCUGGGAUCAUAGGGUAAAUCUAAUAGGUGAAAAGGUUGUGGACCCUGUCAUUCACUGCUGCGAGAAGUGUACACUGCCUAUCCUGAUAUAUGGGAGAAUGAUCCCUUGUAAGCAUGUGUUCUGUCUCGAUUGUGCAAAGAAAACAGAGAAGUCCUGUGCGAGGUGUGAAGAGCCUGUGCAGCGUGUGGAACAGUCUGCACUGGGUACUGUGUUUGUGUGUAUCUAUGGAGGCACAAAGCUGGGGGUGUCUGGCUGUAGAAGGACCUAUCUCUCUCAGAGAGACUUGCAGGCUCAUGUUGACCACAGGCACUUAAAGAGGGGGCUACAGGACCACAACAAGUCCCAUGCUCAUGCCCACAGCCAUGCUUCAGUGCCCGCCCCACCUCUCCAGGAGUAUGUGACAGCCACUCCCCUUACACCGCACCCUGUUCCCAUGGACAUUCACAGACAAAUGCAUCCGCCAGCCAUGCCGGAUCCAGCGAUGUACCAGCGGCCACCACCCGACCCCCUACGCCUGCCGCCUCCCGUGUUGCCCACCAGCCAUCCACCACCCCCUGUCCAGCCACACCAGCUGCCCCCGCAAGGCAUGCCACAAACUCAUGUUCCGCCCCCUGCGCUCCCAGUCCACCGCUUGCCUGGAAUGCCACCCCCUCUGCACACUCAGCCUCCGCUACAGCAGCAUACUGUGCCACCCUCCUCUAGGGACAGCUAUGCAACUGCAAGUAUUCCUGUGAUGGCCAGUAACCGUGGGAACUUAAUCAGCGUGCCCAUUCAGGACGAGAGGACAGAGUUCAGAGCGGACUAUCAGACACAGCCACCCCCUAAUUACCCACACUUAACUUCUGUCCCACCCCCUGUAUCUUUCAAUCCGUCACAACCGCCCACCCACCACCCACCUCCUGUUCACUACCCACCAACAACGAUGACGCCUACUCACCAGCCUCCUCCUGUCAGCUUUGCUGCCCCUCCCCCUAUUACACAUGGACCACCUCCCCACUACUCGGCACCCCAGAUGUCAAAACCUGGGUUACCUCCUCCUGUUUCCCAUCCGCCUCCUCUCCACACAGUGCCGCCCCCACUGCAGCAUUUGCAGCCGCCUCACCCAAGUGGACCUCCGGGUGUUCCAAUGUCGUCAGCGCCCAUCACUCACCACCAGAGGCCUGGGGUGCCACCGCCACGAAUGGGACCACCGGUCUCCCAGCCGCACCAUGGCGGCCCACCCCCUCGCUACGCCAGCCCACACCAACACUAUGACGAUACACCUGCCACACCCCCUUAUGGCCAGACGGGAGGGCAGAGCCCACGCCUGCCCUGGUCAGGUCCCCCGAACAGACUACCCCCUCCUCCUCACACCCCAGUAAGCAGUGCGCCCCCAAACCUUGUACCACCACAGGGGCGACCAGGUAAUGAAGGGCCAUACAAACAAUAUUACUGAGAAAUUAAGCUGGGCUUAAUCUUGUGAAGACCUUGGUUAGAUACAUGUACAUUGUUCCACAGUAAUUGCAAGAUUGACGCUUGUGAUGAUGUGUGCAUCACUGCUUUUUAUAUGGAAAUUUUUCUCGUGUUGUUGGAGAUCCUGUAGGUUUUGUAAAAGCUAAACAGUGAAAAUGUUAGGUACUUUUCACACUAAAGAUAUAUGUGAUUAUUAUGCAUCAGAUGAAAUGAGUUAGCAGUUGUUUCAGUUGUUUAUUGUAAAAUGAACGCAACUUCGUCUUUUUGGGGGGGGGGGGUUAAUUGCCUGGUAUGCUGAACUGAUUAGAUUUCUAACUGAUUAGGAUAUUUAGUUUCUUUUUAUUUUUUUUUUAACUUAUAAUGAAAUUAUUGAAGUAAUAUGUAUAAAAUCCUUGUAUAAUAUAAAAAUGUUGGGUAAGGUGGCUACAACAUCGAUAAUGGUUUACAACCUAAUAAAUUUUAAGAUGAAUUGCUGAUAUGAAAUACUUGUCCCGUCUGCUUGUUUCAUUUUGAAUGUGUUUGUUACAUUUGAGUACAUCUGAAAUCAAGAAGAUGAAGAAAAAAAAAAAGAAGAGACAAAACGUAAGGUUGCAUGGAAUAUCAUCAUAUUAUUUGAUGUACUUAAAAAAUAAUUGUUGAAGAAAUUUUAGAUCAGGAUGAUAAUAUGACAGUUCUUAAAUUGUAUAUGAUCUUACAUAUCUUUUAUCUUGUUUAGAGCAGUCAAAGGUCUUGCCUUUGUGGGGUUUGUUGAUGCUCCUCAAUGAGAAAGGUAUCAAGUACAGUUGAGAUAAUGUGAGAC